CCAUUCAUGUGCUCACUACCAACAAGCUGAAAACAUGGCAUACUACACAUGGGCGAGAGUCCUCAUCGCCGUCGUCAUCACAACCAUCGAAACCGUUGCCAUGGCAGCCACACCCAUCACCUUUGUCUUCGGCGACUCCUUGACGGACGUCGGCAAUAACAAGUAUCUCCAGUAUUCUCUUGCGAGAUCGGAUUAUCCAUGGUAUGGCGUUGAUUACUUGACCGGCCAGCCUACUGGUCGAUUCACGAAUGGAAGGACGAUAGGCGACAUCAUCUCUUCGAAGCUUGGAAUUUCACCGCCGCCACCGUAUCUUUCCUUAUCUGAUAGUGACGAUGCGAUUCUUGGGGGGGUGAAUUAUGCAUCCGGUGGCGCCGGAAUUCUCAACGACACUGGACUCUAUUUUAUUCAACGGUUGUCUUUUGAUGAUCAAAUAACGUGUUUCGAGAGAACGAAGGUGGCGAUUGAGGCAAAGAUUGGGACAGAGGCUUCAAACAAGCUACUGAAUGAGGCCAUCUACUUCAUUGGAUUGGGUAGCAACGAUUAUGUCAACAACUUCUUGCAGCCAUUCUUAUCGGACGGUCAGCAAUACACGCACGACGAAUUCGUUGAUCUCUUGAUCUCCACACUGGGCCAACAGUUCAGGAGGCUCUACAAAAUUGGGGCUCGGAACGUGUUCUUCAAUGGGCUGGCUCCAUUGGGCUGCAUCCCCUCUCAAAGGGUGAAAUCCAAGAAAGGAGUAUGCUUGAAGCGUGUGAACCAGUGGGCCUUGGAGUUCAACGCACGUGUCAGGAGGCUGCUUCUCUCCCUCAACUACAAGUUGCCAGGGGCCCACCUGACGUUUGCCGAUACGUAUGCGGUCGUCAUGGAUCUCAUCGACAACCCCACUGCCAAUGGUUUCAAAGUUUCCAACACUUCAUGUUGUAAUGUGGACACAAACGUCGGCGGUCUAUGUUUGCCGAACUCGAAGGUCUGCACCGAUCGUAAGGGAUACGUGUUUUGGGACGCCUUCCACCCCACCGAUGCCGCCAACGCUGUGAUGGCAGAUCGUUUAUUCUCCGAUCUACAGACCCAUCUCAAGAAUGGCCAUAAAGGCGCACCCACACCCGCACCUGCGCCCGCACCCGGGCCCACACCUUCUCCUCUUUGAUUAACCGUUCAUCGCAUCAUCACAUCGAUUGUGACCGUUCAGAGGACAACAUUGCAUUAUAAUGCACGGACGAAUUAUCUAUGUAUUACGUACCCUAUGUACAAGCAUACAAAAAGAGCGGAUGUACAUACAUUGCAUAUACAUGUCUGUACCUUACGUCCUUGUAUGGUUGCUUUCUUCUACCUAAGCCUUGAUACUCGGGUGAAAUGUUGUGGUUGAUACUCAGGUACUUACAAUUACUUAGAAAUUGCAGAAAGGAAGUAAUUCAAACCAAAUUGUCUAUAUUUUGGGUACGAGUUUACAUGUAACAGGCAUUAGCAUAUAUAAAAAUAUAU